AUGGCUGGAGUAGGCGCACAACACGCACCUUAUUGCAUAUGACUCAAACUCUAAGUGCAAUUUGCUUGUAAAUUCUUCUUCUUUGAUGAGAUUUAGUACUGUGAGAUGGAGAACAUGACUGCAAAGCCUUGCCCUGAUUGGAUCCUGGGCUUCAACACAUUUACUAUGGAAAGGUAUUGAAUCCAGAAUCAUUUUGCGAUAUUAGAUUAGGGAGAGAAUUUGCCUGUUUGAAACUUUGCAAACAAUUUGCAACCCUAGAAAAUUGAAAAAUUACACUCCAACGUGUUUAUUUUGAUAGAUCUUUAUAAUAGAGAGAGUAUAGAUUAGUUUGAAUAUAAAUAGAAUGCCAUUUAUCUUGGUGCAAAAUAAGUAAUUAUAAUUUUUAUAUUUUCCUCAAUCGUUUUUCUUUCUUUCUUUUUUUUGAUUAACCAUUUCAUUAUAAAUCGAACAUUGAUAUAACUCUUUGAUUUAUAUUAUAAAAUGAAGACCGCUAUACUAGUUUUACUUGCUAUUUCUGGAUGUUUAAGUAAUGCAGCUGAACAACUUGUAGGUGAUACCAUCCACCCAAAAUACUCGGUAAAUGGCCCACUAAUUUCUAAAAGAGAAGAUACUGUUGGUGAAGAUGGUACGAUUGAUGAAGAUGGCAUUGCUCAUUAUAAUGGUGACUCUAUUAAACCAUUACCGGGUAGUGUGCUUCAUGUUGUUCCAGCAAUUCUUAAAAGAGAUGAGGGCAUUAGUGAAGAUGAAGAUGAAGAUGGUGAUAUUGAUGAAUAUGGUAUUGCUCAUUAUAAUGGUGACUCUAUUAAACCAUUACCGGGUAGUGUGCUUCACGUUGGUUCAACAAUUUUUAAAAGAGCGGAAAAUGAAGGAAACGCUACAUUUUGUGAUCUUUCUGAUGCUUGUAUUGACUAUAUUAAUUAUCUCGCUGUAUCAUCUUGUCUAAAUUAUGAUGAAUCAUCAACUGAAUACUAUAGUUGUUUAUGUGAUUUAGAAGAUGAUUUUUGGAGUGUUUUUUACCAAUGUGCCUAUUGUACAGAUAGUGUUGAUGAUCAUACCAGGAACUAUAUUAAGACUGAAUUUUGCACUUAUAAUGUUCUGCUGGGUAGUAACUCAUUAAAUCCAACUUCCACAUCAAUAGCUUCAGCAUCAGCAUCAGCAGCUUCUACAACUGUCUCUGACUCUGAUUCCGAAUCUUCUGCCUCAGACUCCUCAAAUUCUUCGGGGGGCACCUCAACUCUGACCUUAUCUCGUUCAUCCUCAGCAUCCAUUGCAGAAGCCGAUGAAUCGAGCGCCGAGUCUUUGGAAUCCUCUGCUGAAGAAACUGCCUCUGUCACUGGAGGUUCCAGCGUUAACGGUGCUGCAUUUGCCACUUUCAAUGGUCUUAAUUCGUCGUUGCUCACAUUGCUUGUCUCUUUGGCCCUUGCUAUUGUCUAAGAGUGUUGUUGGCCCUGGACGACACCACCUAUGUACACUUAAUUGAUAUCUCUUCCCGA